CAAAAUCAGGCCGGUUGAAAACACCUUUGAAUUCUGGGCAGUUGGAAACGUUUCUGUUUGUAGGAGAUGUCAGUAAGCUACUCUGAGCGUUAUUUAGCGUGUUUUACCUGAAUUUCAGCAAAUAGAUGUAGCUGUUUGUUGUAUCUCUGAUUAUAAAAUAGCCAGAUUCCUUAAAGUAAGAGAACAGAAAGUUUUUAAAGCACAAAAACAACAGAUCAUGGAAAAGGCUGUGUUCAGUAAAGAACAAACCAGCAUUUGUCCCACAGAAGGUGGGAUUCCAUCUUCAUGGAGUGGAACCCAGGAAGAAGACUGUGUUAGCCAGAAUAAACUGCAGCCUGACAAAGUACAGAUCAUGUACUGUAAGGAGCAGGUGCUUAAUGGUGACCAAGAGUUUUCAUUUGAAGAGCUGCGUGCCCAGCGCUAUUAUCAAAAGCUCAAUGAAAAAGUAAUGAACUUGCACAAAGUCAAAGAAAAGUUGCAGUUACAGAUUGAGCAAAAACAAGAACUUAUUAAAGGGAGAUCUAAUACCAUCCAGCAACUUGAUGCACCACAGUGUUCCCACCAGCCUGCUGAGGUGAGCUCUGCUUCUGUUCCCAGUGAGGCUGCUCCAUUGAAAAUUUAUUGUGAGCCAGAAAUUUCUAGAAGCUAUAACAUGAGAAACCGCAUAAUGAACCAUGAAGAUAUGGGACAAGGUACAACUGAUGUUAAACAGAGGUGUUCACAGGUAUUGAAACCUUUCUCUACAUAUGGUGAGCCUGUUUUCCCUGGGAAGCAUAUUGAGAAGCCAAAUACAAGAUCAUCUGCUGUAAACCAUAAAUCUUUGAAGCUCCCCACACCCAUUUUGAAAUCCAGGCAGCCUGCAUCAGUGUGUUCCAUUGAAAAAGAUGCCUCUCUUUCACGCUCUGAGGAGGCCAUUGUCAAUGCGCACUGGAAUAAGACACUCUGCCGAAGCCCAGAUGACACUUGUGAUUUUGUACGUGCUGCUCAGUUGGCCUCCACACCAUUCGGGGGACCAGGGAGGCAAAACCCCCCCGAAAGUGAGCAGAUGGAAGAGCAUGAAUCCCUCAACAAAACUGGACCUGUUAUUUUCAAAGAGCCAACCUCUGAGUCCAGAGCUGUAACAAAUAAACUAAGCCCAAUCCAGGAGAUUAGUCAUGAGUGGGGUUAUAACUCCUUGGCUUCCACACAUCAUCUGCAGUCAGAAUCACAAAAAAAGGCCACAGCUCAGUCAGGAAUUCCAGAGGUCAUUCAGCCUACCACGGAACAAACAGUGUGUGCUCCUACACUCGGAGAGAUUGAGACAGUGAAUCCAUGCAGUCUGGAUGUCAGAAAAGCACUGCUUGAUAAUGUGGACCUGGGGUCUAUUUCUAACUUCAGCAAGAAAGUUGGACCACUACCUGACCCUGAUGAUCUGCAGCUUGAUGAUAAAACACUGUUCUUCCUCAAAAAGAUGGGUGAUCAGGGAACGUGCCUAUAUUUUUCGAAUGGCGGUUGUGUGCUGGUUAAGAUGGAUGAAUCUACAGUACCUUGGGAUUUUUAUAUUAACUCUCAGCUGAGGGCCAGACUGCCUGCUGAUCAACAGCACUGUCAUGCUCAGAGCACCUGUUAUCUCUAUGAAAAUGGAUCUUUCACCUUGCUCCAGGUUCCUCAAGGGCAAAGUAUUCAAGAGUUAUUAGAGGACCAUGUGGAUAGACGACACGUUCCACUUUUGGCCAUUCGGUUAUUGGAGAUGGUGAAACGGAUGCACUCAUGUCAACUUGUUCACGGGGCUUUACAACCUGAAACACUAAUAGUGUGCCACAGCUGUAAAGACCAAGUUAUCUGUAUGGAUUUCUCAAAUUCAUUGGACUUGGAGCUGCAGACUGAUGUGAAGACGGUGCAGUAUCUUCCUUCAGCUCAGGACUAUAUUAAGCAAGGCUUAUUGUUGCCUUCUGCCUCUCCUUACCAACUGGACCUCUGUGGCAUUGCAGAAAUAGUGCACUUGCUACUGUUUGGAAAAAACAUGAAGAUAAUUAAGGAGACAUCUUACUGGACAUUGGCAGAUGACUGUGGGCCACUGGACUGGCAGAGGGCUCUUGACCCCAGCAACCUGUCUGAUCCAUUGUGGCAAGAUUUGUUUCACAAACUUUUGAAUCCAGAGGACAACUCAACAGAGUUUAUAUUGACUGACCUAAUCAACAACUUAAAGAACACUUUCUUUGAAGACUUGGAGUGUCCAAUUUCUCUAUAAAGUAUUGUCAGUUUUCAGUGUAUACUGUCAGUCUUUUUUCUGUGUUUUUGUAAAGGCUUCACUUUCCUGAUUGUAGUUAUUGUCUGUUCAUUUCACACUUUUUUUCUUUUUUUUUAUGUUGGUUCAGAUAAUCGAAUAAAGGCUUCAUCCAUUA